GUCCUCCCCGACCCUCUGUCACUGUUUGUUAAAGGUUUUGCCUCUUGGUCUGCGGUGUAUUAUUAGAGCUACGGGUUACGCUUAAAUGGCUUAAAACAAUCCUCGCUAUUUAUAUCUCUGGAGAGUUUCGUCUGUCCUCAGACUGGUUGAACGCUGGGAUCUGCGGAAUCUGAAACAAGAAGCGCUAAAAAAAUAAAUAAAAAAAAAAAUGCAUUUUCUCGGCAUUCUUGUGCUAACGUUAUGCGACCUCACGCUGGGGUUUCCUGCUCCAAUAGAUACCAUCAUAGUGCAGGUCCAGCAGUGGGGAGUGGUGGGUGCUCAGCGGGUCAUGGAGCAGGUCCUUCUUAAUGGGGUCUCUCUUACUCACAAAAGCCAGGAAGUUGACCACAUUGUCCAAACCAUGUCAGCUGAUGCGCUACCCCGAACUCUCAUUAGUCUCAACCAGACAUCACCAAUGAUUAAUCUCACUGUCACUCGAUCCCGGGAAUGUAUACUGGAGGGGUCUCAGCUGCACUGGGCCGAUCGUGUGUUCUGUGAUGGGAAGCUCUAUCUGACUCUGGACCACACUGACACGUGGAUGGCCCAUGUACCACAAGCACGGGCCCUCAAAGCGUUGUGGGACCAGGAGGUGCAGCGCACCAGGAUGGACAGGAUACACCUUCAGGAGGGAUGCACCAAACUAAUGAGAGAACUGAGGCUGUCAGAGGAGCAAUCAGUUCAAGGGACUCUUUUGCCUCAGUUUCUGAUCCCAGUCUCGGCACUUCUUCUCUUCAUUGGACUUAUCAUGAUCAGCCUCCUCCUUUCUAAAAAGCUGGGUUUGAGGCACCCUGGAGGCGUUCUUGGCUCUGUUAUACAUUACCCCCGGUACAUGACUGAAAUGUCUCCAGAGAUAAAAGACAGCGGUUAUCGUACCCUGUAAUUCAAAGCUCCACUCUCUGGUUCAACACAUUUUCGUGUGUGUGUGUGUGUGUGUGUGUGUGUGUGUGUGUGUGUGUGUGUGUGUGUGUGUGUGUGUGUGUGUGUGUGUGUGUGUCUGUGUGUGUGUGUGUCUGUGUGUCUGUGUGUCUGUGUGUGUGUCUGUGUGUCUGUGUGUGUUUUAACAGUGUUGCUUUAUGAAUGUGCAACUGGAGGUUGCCAACGGAAGACAGUGUGAAACAUGUGAUCUGGAUUUCAAACCACAGUCUUUUAUGCACUUUAAUGCCUGUAUUGCAUGGUUGUUUUUAAUGCAUAUUAUUUUAAACCCUUAUGCAUAUAUACGCACACCAACGUGCACAAAUAAAUGUAAACAUGUUCGCUGCCUGCAGCAAUAUGUAAGCUUCUUUUGCACAAUUUAAUAACCAUAAGGGCAGAUGUUUUCAUGUGUCAUAAUUUCUGCAUGAAGCUAUUCGAGUAAAUAAUUUAUAUUGAAAUUUAGCAUACAAAUUUUCUAUUUCAACCACACACAGUAUGUAAUGCAAGCUAAUACAGACAGUGUCACAAAUAUCUUAACAAACUCUGCCAAACACUGGAUGGACAAUGUGUGUCCAGAGUCCAACUGUGCUGUAUUGUUGUUCGGUCUGAGAUACCUUCCUCAUUGUUAAAUAUUUUUGUAUUUAUUUGUAAAAUUCUGCAUUGUUGUGAUUAAUGUACAUUUCCCCCUAUUAUUUGUACAUAUAAGGUACAGAAAAUUUUCAAAUAAAGAUACUUUAUGGCA